AUGGUUAAAUCGUAUCAACGUUUUGAACAAACCUCGGUUUUUGGUGUUAUUAGUUCAAAUUCUAAUUCUGUGUGGAUUCCGAAUGGUAAUGGCCCAGGUAACAUUAUUACCAGUGCUUUAGAAAAUAUAAAUAUAUGGGAUAUCAAGACAGGUGAAUUAGUGAACCAGCUGACCGAUGGAUUACCUCCUCCAGGUUCUAUUGACUCCAAAUUAAGUAAGCCAGCGUCCGUCACUUAUUUUAAGUAUCAUGAAGAUACCAAUUUGUUGGCCGCAGGUUAUUCCGAUGGUGUAAUCAAAGUAUGGGAUUUAAUUUCAAAGACUAUUCUUUUAACGUUCAAUGGCCAUAAAUCAGCAAUCACUAUUUUGACUUUUGAUUCCACUGGUACUAGAUUAAUCUCGGGUUCUAAUGAUUCAGAUAUCAUCGUCUGGGAUUUGGUCAGUGAAGUUGGUCUAUACAAAUUGAGAUCGCAUAAAGAUAACAUUACUGGUAUCUGGUGUAGUGAUGACGAAAAUUGGUUGAUCAGUACAUCAAAGGAUGGUCUCAUUAAGGUUUGGGAUUUAAAGAUCCAGCAAUGUGUUGAAACUCAUAUUGCUCAUACAGGCGAAUGUUGGUCUCUAGGAAUCCAUAACGACUUAGUAGUCACAACAAGCGCCGAAUCACAAGUGAAAUUCUGGAAGCUUGAUUUAGAAAAUCAACCAAAUGGAUCUAAAUUAGUGGAAAAGGGAAUUUUCGAGAAACAAAGUAAACAGAGAGGUUUGAGUGUGGAAUUUAUAACCUCAAAAGGUGAUGAUGUCAGUUUCUUUCACAUUCAAAACGCAGAUAAGACAGUAGAAAUAUUUAGAAUUAGAAAGAAAGAUGAGAUUGAAAAAGCUUUGAAGAAAAGAGAAAAGAGAUUGAAAGAAAAAGGUAUGACUGAUGAUGAAAUAGCUCAAAAUGUGGAUGAAGCAUUUGUUUCCUUCUUAAUGCAUCCUUUCCAGACGGUGAGAUCGACUUACAAGAUAAAAUCUGUAUGUUGGACACAUGCCACUUCAUCAAAGUUGGAACUUGUUGUAACAACUUCAAGUAACACUAUCGAGUACUAUUCUGUCACAUACGCUAAGAGAAUUCCACAGCCACCAAGCAAGAUACAUACCAUCGAACUUCAUGGUCAAAGAACAGACAUCAGAUCCAUCGCUAUUAGUGACGAUAAUAAACUUUUGGCCACUGCAUCUAACGGUCUAUUAAAGAUUUGGAAUUUGAAAACUCAUAAAUGUAUAAGAACUUUUGAAUGUGGAUAUGCAUUAUGUUGUAAAUUUCUACCUGGUGGUCUAUUGGUUAUUGUCGGUACAAGAAAUGGUGAGUUACAACUGUUUGAUUUGGCAUCUUCUACCCAACUAGAAAAUAUUGAAGAUGCUCACGAUGCUGCUAUAUGGUCUUUGGAUAUAACGAGUGACGGUAAAAGAUUAAUUACUGGGUCUGCUGAUAAGACAGUCAAAUUUUGGGACUUCAAACUUGACCAACAAAAAGUGGAAGGUACAAGGGACAGUUACAUCCCCGUAUUGAAAUUGUUUCAUGAUACUACAUUAGAAAUUGGUGAAGAUAUCCUUUGUGUUAGAUUAUCUCCUGAUGACAAAUUUUUAGCUGUUUCUUUACUAGAUUAUACUGUCAAGAUAUUCUUCCUAGAUUCCAUGAAAUUCUUUUUAAGUUUAUAUGGUCACAAAUUGCCAGUACUAUCCAUUGACAUAUCAUUUGAUUCUAAACUGAUUAUAACAUCAUCCGCAGAUAAAAAUAUCAAGAUUUGGGGUCUUGAUUUUGGUGAUUGUCAUAAAUCAUUAUUUGCACACGCCGAUUCAAUUAUGAACGUUAAGUUUUUGAACAACUCCCACAAUUUUUUCAGUUGUUCUAAGGAUGGUACUAUCAAAUAUUGGGAUGGUGAUAAAUUUGAAUGUAUACAGAAAUUAGUAGCUCAUCAAAAUGAAGUUUGGUCCAUUGCGAUUGCAGAUGAUUCCUCUUUUGUGGUUUCAUCAUCUCACGACCAUAGUUUAAGAAUCUGGGAAGAAACGGAAGAUCAAGUUUUCCUAGAAGAAGAACGUGAAAGAGAGAUGGAAGAACAAUAUGAGAACACAUUAUUGAAUUCAUUGGAAGAAGGUACCGGUGAUUCCGCAUUCAAAAGUGAUACAAAGGGAUCAGAAGAUGAAGAUGAAGCCACUGAUGUCCACAAACAGACAGCAGAGUCAUUAAAAGCAGGUGAAAGAUUGAUGGAAGCUUUGGAUUUGGGUAUUGAAGAAAUUGAAAAGAAUGAAACGUAUCUAAAAGAUCUAGAACUUUGGAAAAAGAAGAAAAUUGGUGGUGAUGCCCCAAUCAAACCACAAGGUAAUGCAAUUUUGACUGCUAUUAACAAGACUCCUGAACAGUAUAUCCUAGAGACAUUAAUAAAGAUUAAACCUUCACAAUUAGAAGAUGCUAUAUUGGUAUUCCCAUUUUCUUACGUUUUGAAAUUUUUGAAAUUCAUUGAUAUUGUUUUGAACGAUCCUAAAGUUUUGAAUAAUCAUUUAACUUUGAUUUGCAAGAAUUUAUUCUUCGUUAUCAAAUCUAACCAUAAAGAACUUAUAUCACAGAAAAAUGAAGAUUUGAAAUUACAGGUUGAUAGAGUUAAAGAUAGAUUACGUGGAGCACUACGAAAGAAUGAAGAUGAUUUGGGUUAUAACAUACAAGGUUUAAAAUUCAUCAAACAACAAUGGAAUCUAACACAUAACUUUGAAUUCAAUGAUGAACUUGAUCAAAAUGUGCAAGAAUCCAAGUCUGGAAAGAAGAGAGUAUUUGGUACAAUCGUAUAA